AUGAAGAACUUGACCAGCGUGCGUGCUGUGUUUUCACCAGAUGGAUCCGCAUAUAAGGGGACAUGGUACAACUCCUUGCGCCACGGACAGGGUACUCAUGUCUAUCCGAACGGAGACUGCUAUACAGGUGAGUGGGCCUUUAACCUCCCUCAGGGAUAUGGGGAAUUUUACACCUGUCUUGAGCCGCGGCCCGGCAAGGGUGUCAAGAAGGUCAUCCCGGACGAUCCUGCCUCCUGUCCAACCCUUGUACUCACGUAUGCAGGGUAUUGGGACUGCGGUGAGCGUCAUCACUUCGGAAAGUAUUACUACAGCCCUAAUGAACGAUACGAGGGCAUGUGGCACCAGGGCCUCCGAAGCGGCUUUGGCUGCCACUUUUAUCCUGAGACCUUGCAGCCAUGUAAUCUACUACUCAGUCGAGAAGAGCACCUCAAGCAACUCGACAAGGUUGUAAACAAUGUGCUAGCGCAGAAGCACAUUGUGGUCCACUCAGAUCUCUUUAGAUCAAACGUUAAAAAGGGAGUGUCUCGGCCUUCUCAGUACAAAAAGAUCACUAUAAAGUCUUCUAGGUUUCCGUUCGGAUGCAUAUACAAAGGCAUGUGGAAUGCGGAUAGAAGGCAUGGCUUGGGGAGAGUAAUCUUUCCAAACGGGGAUGUGUUUAUAGGCACAUUCAGUUCAGACUAUGCGUAUGGUAUAGGUGUGCGUUACUCUGUCGAUUCAAGAACUGUCAUGCAAGGAUUCUAUGAUGAACGAGGACAGUGCGUCUGCUCGCAGGUUCGCAGUGGGUUUACCGCAGAGGAUCUCAAAAUUGUCUUGGCUGUGUGGACAGAGCCAUGCGCCCCCUAUGUUGGAAUUAAUGAGACAGUGAGGUCCAUCAUCAGGACAGCUCUGUAUCAAGACGGCGAGUUUUCCAAGCUUUGCUCCACUGCAGGUGGGUCUAUUGUAGCCAACUCUCGGCCGCUUCAGUUCACUGAUGUCACAAUCUCAGCUUUAGGUAACGAUGGGGAGGAACCGUUGGAUAACACAAUUGGUGUCCCCGGUGUACAAUGCGCAGGCGAACAGAUGGGCGCUGACUCUGUUAUUUUUCAUCAAGGAAAGGCCUUUUCACCACAGCGGAGGAUCCCCGAUUUAAUUAGUUAUCAGGGCGGACUACUAAGCCCUGCAAAGGUUCGUACUAACGCAGGCAAUCUGUCGUCAAUUCCAGGAAAAAUAAAAAUAACUGGGAUUGAUGCAGCUGAUCAAGACGCCGAGUCUGGGCUCUAUUCAGAAGUGCUCCAGCGCGCCUCGUCCAAACUUUCUGAUAAAGUUGGAUCAGAAUAUGAUGCCCUAGAGUCUGCAUUUGUGGCAAAGAUGAAUGCUUCUAAGAUUCCUGUAAGCAGGACGGAUGCGGGAAUAGAAUCUGUUCUUUCAAAUUACUCAGCCCAGGAGUAUCCGUAUCUCUAUCAGCCUGACGAUAGCGAAUUCGAUAUAGAGGGUAUUAAGGCAAAUAUCAACAACCUGAUGAAAAUGGCUCGGAAGCUACCUAUUGGUUGUGCAUCUGAUAGGGGGGAGGUGGAUAAGCUGCUAGAUCUUCCCCUAGAGUCGGACUUCAAGUACUUCCCUGAGUCUAAGCUUAUCAACGGCGACCUUGUCAUCUUGGAGACUCUCCGCAGUCUUGUCAAUGUCGAGUAG